AUGCCCAGUCCAACUAAGACGCCCAAGAGGUGGUCAUUUUUCGGUUUGGACCCUUUCAACGCAACUGCAUCACCACUUCGCACGAGACCAGUGAGCUCCAGCUCUUCAGACUCUGGAUCCAAGCCAACUAGCUCAUCUUCCUCGUCUACAUCGGAGCCAUAUUCGGAAUCGGUUGGCUUAUCAGAACUUUCGGACCACACCGGCCAAAAGGCAGACGGCAAGAAGUCUAAGAAGAAGAAGAAGGUCAAGAACUGGGCAGGAUCAAUCCUAGCACGAAAGAGCAAACCGCGGAACAAGAAGUGCAAAGACCUGGAUCUCACGGGCGAGUCUGCCCGCCAGUUCGAGACAAUCGAGCAGAAGGAUGAGCCCCUCACACUCUUGGUGGAACCCGAAGUGAAUGUCGAACCGGUAACACCUACACUCAUGGUCACGGACACCUCCAGCCAGCCUCAGAGCUUACAAGAGUGGAAGCCGCGCCCGGCUUCGGCCCAAGAAGACACAUCUUUCCCCAUGAUUGAUCUGGAUGCCGCGCUGGGUCCUUUCAAUACGCCUCUUGCGAAUAAUCCUGAAUGGGACGCCGCACAAAAAGCCGCAGCCUCUACCAAGCGCCAGCUACACAGCGCCCAGGGUAUGAAGGGCUUCAGUGGACCAGGGAUGCACUACCACCGCCGCGCUGAAAGCGCCCCUGAGAUGGUACCCUUCGAUGUGGGCCGUUUCGGCAUACAUCGUUUUGGCAGCAGUUCGACAAUGGCCGACGUGUUCGAGGAGGAUGAAGAAGACGACGAACACCCUGGCAAGUGCGCAUCACUAUACACAAGCAGUCGUGCCAACAGAGGCGAGUUUAACGACAGCGCGGAAUCCUCUGGCGACGAGGCGACACCGCCCGCUACCACUAAAGUACAGCAGCCUAUUCUCGACGACACUCCUACCAGUGGCCCUGAUGGCAGCAUCAGCCGUGAUCUUGUUACUGGGACGGACGCAACGAUGGCAGAACUCAAGAUGAGCGCGGAGACGGCGCCCAUUUCCCUGCAAGAGGACGUCAUCGUUGAAGAGCCCGUUACCCAGAUCCCUGAAUUCCGUACCGGCUCCAUCUUCAACGAAAAAGCAGAGUCUACUGGUUCUGCGACUCCGUCUCCCCGCAGAAUUCUCGCGGGCAAGGACCUGGCCCCUGUCGACGUCAGUCCUCUUCACCUUCCGACUCCUUCGCACGUUCCCGUCAGUCCGUAUUCGAUGAGCCACGCCUCAUCUUUCCCAUCACCUCGUUCGCCCAUGUCCUAUGACGCUCAGCGGAUUUCUACGGCACCAUCUUCAGUCAAUGAGGAAAACAACUUCCAGUCUCUGCUUCUCGGGGAGCCAGGCCCAGAAGUCAGGCUUUCCGUAGAUAUACCGUCAUUGACCUCCAGCCACUCAACCAUGACAAGGGACAGCUCAUUUGCCACCAGCUCUCAAUUGAGACAGGAGCCUGUACGACCCGACCAACAGCGACCGGUCUCAGUAUCUUCAGCAGCCUUCGGGCGGCGGCGAUCCAGCCUUGCCAGUCUUAGCAGACUUAUCAGCAGUUCUCACGGAGAGCGUAGCAAGCUAUCAAUGGAGGUCUCAUACGAUGGCGAGGGUGAUAAGAAGCACAAGUCCAGCAAGUCGAAACGACUCAGCCGGAUGAUGCGUUUCUGGAAGCCCAGCAAAGAGGAGACUUCAUCCUAG